AAUUCACUAUAAAAAAUUGAAUGUUCCCUCCAAAUAAUCAACAGUCAUGACGUGCGCGAAUAUGUAGAGUCGGAGCAUGCCGGCCGAAUGUGCCUGGACACUCGUGCAAGUUCACGUGUGUAAAUAAAGCGUUUUCGUUGGCCGAGCAUAGACAGACAUAAUACCUACAAUUAAUCGUAAAUACAUCGCAGUUUCGUCUUCGUUACAUUUCCGUACGCGAAACUAUUUUACGAGAAGUGCGUGAAUUUUUCUCUUCCACAAUUAUUUUUUAUUAUCCUUCCGAUAAUCUUAAUUCCGCGCAUUCGCGUUCGUAUCUACCUGCCUGCGUCGCAGAGGCAAGAGGUCCAAGCCCUAUAUCGUCACGUCGCAUAUACGCCGUAUUUAGGGAAACCAAAGGGACCUAAAAAUCGAAGCCGGUGCAACCUCGAUGACAGAAUGUCCUCUGAACAGCUGAGCCAGGUAAUCGAAGCCGGGAAACAGUUCGCGAAAUAAUUUCGGCGUCUUAAGAUACAUCUGGAAGAGACUGCGAUUGUGUAAGGACGACGGAUUCAGAGAUUUGAAGAUCGAUUGUUAGAAAAUCUAUAUCUUGCGAAAAUGGAUAAUCUGCUGAAGCAGCUGGAGACGUUGAAGAUUAGAGGCGAUUUCUGCGAGGACAAUUCGUGGACACCGUGUAUAGAUCUGAUUCAGAGGAGUUUUGCACCGCAGAGAACAGUAGGGACGGAACGUCCUUGCGAGGAGAAGGACUUCAAGGAGUACAGGCUCGUUGUAGAAAGAAACCUGCGUAACAUUAGGUCUAUGUUGCAGCACAUCUCCAACAGUUGUAGGGAGAAGCAUUUACAGCUGUGCAAUGCUACAGGGAUGGUUAAAACGUUUGGCAUGAAUUUGUUAUUGCUUAUCGGUGAGCACAACGAAAGAAAUAUUUGGAAUACAGCUGAAUGCGUCUCUAUUUCCAAAGAAUUACUCGCUGGCUUCUGCGAUCUUUACUCCUAUCAAAACGUUUCUCAGUUUUUGUUAGAGGAUGGGAAUUUGGUUAAUCUGUUGUUGAUGCUAAGACCUAAAUUAUUAAAGGAUACCUGGAAAACUUAUCCAUCAGCUGUGACAUGUUACAGAUGGAUUUUACAAGAAGCUGAGAAACCAACUUUAUUUAAUCAUAUCGGAGAUGUUUUGCCAACUACACUAAUCAUUCUUGAUGACUACUUUCCUGACAAUGUAGUAAUAGGUUUGGAAUGUAUAUACCAAAUUAUACAGCAUUCUUACAUGAAAAAAGGACUUAUAGAUACUGGCUAUGCUAAAGCAGUCUAUCACACUUUGGAACUUUUAUCCCGUCAGAAAGAAGUAAGAUACAUUAUUCCUUUGUAUUCCUGUAUGGCUAGUCUUUUAGCUACUAUUGAACAUUGGGAUAAUACUAUAAAUCUAUUUGAGUGGACGACACGCGAUGACGUUCUUUCCACGUUAAUAGACAAUAUGGAAUUUGAGCAGAAUAUCGAAUUACGACAUGCAUACAUGUCGAGUUUACCUCAACUCAUUACAAAUAUAGGCUGUGCCAAAUGGUGCGAAGCGCUUACUCGCGUCCUCGCCGAAUACUGUGAACAUCAUACAGAUUUAAGGACAUUGAAAGCAACGUUGGAGACCGCAAAGACGUUCCUCUUAAUGUUUCGUCUGCGAGUGGCAGCCCACUGUACUCCGCUUUACACUGCGUUCUUGAAGCUGCAUUUUGAUCUGACGGAGACACCGGUGUUCGAUCGAGCGAUCAUGCAGAAUCUGGAGGAUUGUAUCUGCAUGCUGUAUCAUCUGUCGCCGAACGUAGGCUAUACAGUAAUGAACGACGAUCGAAUGCGUUCGGUACUCAGCAAUAACUUGCCGGUCGUGUGUCAGGAAGGUGAUAUCAAGUAUUUUGAAUAAUUUAAUUGUAACGUGGAUGCAAUCGCGUAUUUGUAUAUACAGUGUAUUCUAUCUUAUGAUGUAUGAAUGCUUUUCUGAUAGAAUUAUUUUACUCUCUUGUGUAAAACUUACAUAAUAAUAGAUGUAAACGCAAUAGGUACUUAGAUAUUUUAUUUAUGAUGUAAAAAAAUCAAUAUAUCGAUUAUUUGUAAACAUUUUUGUUACAAUAUAUUCAAUUCUUUGCGAGUUAUACGUGAACGAAAAUCGAAUUGGAAAAGACGUGUAUAUUUUACAUGUGUAUUUAGCAUAAGAUAAACAAAAACUUUUCUAUACA